GCUUCGUCAUGUAUACAUCAUCACUCUACAGAGCUGAUGUCUCAGAGUAUCUGAUGAGAACACGUUUUUCUGACGUUGUGACUACCAAUUCAGCUGUAUUUCUACGUAAUAAAACAGACGUGAUACUUCCAACAAACAAAACAAAUAAACUGACCAUAAAAACUGAAGAAAGUUUAACAAAGAAAUCAGAUGUGAUUAUGAUAUUACUAUGGUCGAAAUGUAUGGGUCAUGCAUGCAUGCCAGCUGGGAUAUAUGGUGAUGCUGAUUUUAAAUGUGAAGUAACCGAAGAUCGUUCCAAAAUAAAGGAAGCUCAGGCUGUGAUGUUCCAUACGUGCAUUUUGAGUAAUGUGGCCGAGGUAGGACUUCCAACGUACCGAUCGGCCAAUCAGAAAUGGAUAUUCAGAUGUGCGGAGGCGCCAGCCAAAGGUGCCAAGUCCACGCGCAAGAUACCUUUGAAAUUCUUAGAGCUGCAAGACGCGUUAAAAGACGCGUUUAAUUUUACAAUGACAACUAGGUUGGAUUCUGAUUAUCACACCUAUCAUGGAUUGUACAGUGUUAAUCCGGAUCCUCCAAAGGUUCUGCCGGAUUACGCACAGGGGAAGAGCAAGCCUGUGGCUUGGAUAGCCUCUCACCACUGUGAGUCACAAAGCAGACGAGAGCUAUAUGUGCAAAGACUACGGGAGCAUAUUGAAGUAGAUGCAUACGGCGGCUGUGGGUGGCUUACAUGUCCUGAUCCAACGAACAGAGCUGUAUGUCAGCGUCAUGUCGGUGCAACGUACAAGUUCUACCUAGCGUUUGAAAAUUCUGAUUGUCGAGACUACGUCACUGAGAAGGUAUGGAAGAAUUCAUUUUUGAUGAACACAGUUCCGAUAGUGCGUGGAUACUACAGCAAUUUCAAGUCAAUCCUACCACCAGGCUCAUAUAUUCACACCAACGAGUUCCCAAAUCCCAAAGCACUUGCGAAAUACCUGAAAUACUUGGACAAGAACCACACAGCUUAUAAUGAAUACUUGAUGAAUAAUGAAUACAAAUGGAGGCUUACAUACAAAAUUGAUAGUACAUCUUCUAAAAGAAAUUGGGGAAAUGGUUUGUGCAGAAAAUUACACGAAACGAAGGGACAAACCAAAACAUAUAAAAAUAUUUGGAAAGAGUUUUACUCAUUUGACAAUAAUUGCUACAAUUAUUAUGAUAUUCCUCUCAACAAGUUUGACAAAUAAGUUAAGACCUUACUUAAAGCACCUUACUUAAUGUUCCAAACAAUCGCAUCAAAUGUUCAACAAAAUAAUGAAAACAAGUUUACGGAAUAAAAAGCUAUGACACAUGUUAACAAUUGUAUAUUAGAGUAGGAGGGAAAUUAGUGCAACAGAU